GCCCCGGCUGCAGACACUUUCUAGCUUUUUCCUCUCAGGGUUGCGAGUGGGAAAUCGGCCGCUCAAUUUCUCUGCUUCCCUUGGCUGCUAAGCCACAGAAGAACUGCUUCUACUGCUGGAGGGUGAGGGCGAGCCUCCAUUCCCCUCCUUCGCCGAGAUUACAUAUGUAGAUGCUUGGGACAAGAUAUUUAUCUACCAUAAUUUCUGUGGCAAAAUUAAAGACUUGUCAUGACAAUGAAGAAAGAGACUGAAUUUGUCAUUUUCACCUAAAGAAAAAUGAUAGACAAAAAUCAAACCUGUGCUACAGGACAGGAUUCUAUGCCCUAUAUGAGUUGUCUGAUUCACAUAUUUGAAGAAUGGUUUGGAGUGGAGCAAUUGGAGGACUAUUUGAAUUUUGCAAACUAUCUAUUAUGGGUUUUUACACCACUAAUACUUUUAAUACUUCCUUACUUUACUAUUUUUCUCCUCUACCUUACUAUUAUUUUUUUACACAUUUAUAAGAGGAAGAAUGUAUUAAAAAAAGCCUAUUCUCAUAAUUUAUGGGAUGGUGCAAGGAAGACGGUAGCAACUCUGUGGGAUGGACAUGCAGCAGUUUGGCAUGGCUAUGAAGUUCAUGGGAUGGAAAAAAUACCAGAAGGACCAGCACUUAUAAUUUUUUAUCAUGGAGCUAUUCCCAUAGAUUUUUACUACUUCAUGGCUAAAAUUUUUAUCCAUAAAGGCAGAACCUGCCGAGUAGUAGCUGAUCACUUUGUCUUUAAAAUUCCAGGGUUUAGUUUAUUGCUUGAUGUAUUUUGUGCUCUACAUGGACCAAGAGAAAAAUGUGUUGAAAUUCUGAGGAGUGGUCACUUGUUAGCUAUUUCACCAGGUGGAGUUCGAGAAGCCCUACUUAGUGAUGAAACCUACAACAUCAUAUGGGGUAAUCGUAAAGGCUUCGCUCAGGUUGCAAUUGAUGCAAAAGUGCCCAUUAUUCCUAUGUUUACACAAAAUAUACGAGAAGGAUUUAGAUCACUUGGAGGAACAAGGUUAUUUAGGUGGCUUUAUGAAAAAUUCCGCUAUCCAUUUGCUCCAAUGUAUGGAGGUUUUCCAGUGAAGUUACGCACCUAUUUAGGUGAUCCUAUUCCAUAUGACCCAAAGAUAACAGCAGAAGAAUUAGCUGAAAAGACAAAGAAUGCUGUUCAAGCUUUGAUUGAUAAGCAUCAAAGAAUACCGGGAAACAUUAUGAGUGCUUUGUUAGAACGUUUUCAUAAAAGUUAAAAGAUCCACUAGAAGGUGAUUCAAUACAUUUAUAUUAAUAUGUUUGUGUCUAUAGUAUUGUCUUCUAAAUUUUGUAAGUUUUAUAAUCAUGUAUUAUUGUAAAACUUGUGUUAAUAAGCAUCCUUUGCUGAACUCGUUUAAAUUGUAAAUUUUGUUUUAUUUAGUUAUGUCAAAUUUAAUUCAUUACAUGCCUAUUAAUUCUGAAAAUUAUCAUGUUUCCUUUUAUAAAUUCCCAAUAAUGUAUGAUAAAUGUAUAGAUUACUAGAAUUAAGUUUAUUAAUAAUAGCAAUUUCAGUUAAACAAGCACUCCUAAAUAAUAUGUCUAGUUUCUGUAGUUAUUGUGCUGAGCUAAUUUUGAAAGAUGCCAUAACCUAGGGUUAGAACAGAUGCUUAAGUUAGUAAAAAAAUGCUUUUUUGUUUGCCUUUCAUUCCUUUCAUGACCUUGGGAAAAUCACAUAAUGUUUUUGUGCCUCGAAAAUUCACUUUUGAAAAACAUGUUAAGACUGUGGUGAGGAAUAUUAUCUUAAAUUCUUUGUAUUUGCUGUGAUUGUUAUAGUAGAUUUGAAAUUAUGAUUGAAUUAAUUAAACAAUACCAAGAUCUUUCAUAAGUUUAUGAAAGAUUAUGUUUAUGAAAGUUUAUGAAAGUUUAUGUCCAUCCUAUGGACAAAAUAUGUACAUAAGGAAUAAUUUGAAUUAUUCCUUCAGGUAUGAUGUGAAGUUGCCAAGCCCAAUGACAAAGAUAUACUAUUAUUCAAAUUGAAUAAAAAAGAAAUUAAGAAAACUAAAUUUUACAAUUAUGAUUUUUAAUGAGACUGUAAACAAACAAUAUAAUGUGUGUUGUGAAUUGUCAGUCCUAUAAUAUGGCAUUAAUAGCAUGAAGUUAAAAAUCACUGUAAGGUUAAAAGUCACUGUCAUGCUCUUCCUUUCAUGUCAGAAGUUGAUUCUAGGCUGAUGAAAGCAGAGUUAAAGAAAACUCUGCCUUUGCUUCAUAUCAUGGCUUAUUCAUUUUGACUUUGCAACAAGUCAAAUGGCUUAUUGUUUCAAUAAAAAUAUAAUUGAGUGAUGAAUUUUUGUGAAUGUAAAGCUUUCUGAAAAAUUAAUGGCUUUUGAUUUGUUGUUUCCUUCAAAUCUGAAUUUUAAAAGUAUUGAACAGAAUAGUACCAGUAAUCAAAUGCAGUAUCUUCCUCUCCAGUUGGAUUUUUUAAAAUAUAUUUUUGUAUAACAAGUAUGUAUAUAUGUGUGUAUAUAUGAUAUGUGCAAUAUAAAUAAACAAGCUACAUAAAAAUAAAAA